CCUGGAGGAAAGCGAGCUAACCAGAGUGACAGAGGAGGGUUAAGGACUCCAUACGAAAACAAACAAGGACGGGACCGGGCAUCUUUUAUUCCACCAUGCCGGUGAAACCUUUCUAAAGGAUGGCAGCGAUGGGUUAGACAGGAUUUAACAUGACUGCAAAAUAAAAGCCAGCUGUGUGUAAAAGAUGUCUGCUCCACACGGGCCCCGGGGCGGCCCUGGCCCUGCUGCUGCUGCUUCCUCAGCGGCCGGCGCCAUGCCGGAGAUGCCGGACCUCAGCCACCUCACUGAGGAUGAGAGGAAGAUCAUCCUCGGUGUCAUGGACCGACAGAAGAAGGAGGAUGCGAAGGAACAGUCGAUGUUAAAGAUCAAAGAAGAACCAAAGCCUCAGCCGGCACAGUGGUUUCCCUUUAGUGGGAUCACUGAGCUGGUAAAUAACGUCCUUCAGCCCCAGCAAAAGUCCCAAAAUGACAAGGAGCCAGAGCCAGACGCGAAGUUGCACCAGCAGUUUGAAUCGUAUAAGGACCAGGUUAAGAAGAUGGGGGAGGAGUCUAAGCCGACUCAGGAGCUGAAGAGCGAAGCCCCAACCUGCGGGAUAUGCCACAAAACCAAGUUUGCCGAUGGCUGUGGCCACCUCUGUUCAUAUUGCCAAACGAAAUUCUGUGCUCGGUGCGGAGGACGAGUGUCUCUGCGGUCAAAUAAGGAGGACAAAGUGGUUAUGUGGGUAUGCAACUUGUGCCGAAAACAACAAGAAAUCCUCACCAAAUCGGGGGCGUGGUUCUACAGCUCGGAGUCUGGUCAGGUACGGGGUGUGUUUGAGGGAGGGCCGCAGGGGAAGAAGGCCAAACUGCAGGACCCAUCUCUUUACCCCUACCAGGGAGCAUCAGGGGACUUGACUCCAGCGUCAGACAGAAGCAGACCUCACGGCGGGCUCCUGCCAAGACAGGCGUCCCUUGAUAACGGAUCGGGGCUAAGGUACGCACCUAUAGACAGGAAACGAAGCCCAUCUGCAUCCAGGGAUCCAAACCAAAAAUACGACCAAAGGGAGGGGGGCGACCACUCACAGUAUGCCCCGACGGACGGCGGCAUGCCCAGAUCACCGUCUGACUAUGGGGAUGGGGACCCUCGGCGGGCUCCGCGGGGCCCACACAUGUACCCAGACGUAGAUGCGGCACGGAUGGGCUACCGGGACCGGCGGGGCCCCGGACGCUGGCACUCCCAGGAAUACCCGCUGGACCAGGAGCUAGAUGGACCCCCCAGCGAGUAUGACGUCCAGCGGCAGCGCCAGGAGGAGUUCCAGGCACGAUAUCGCAGCGACCCCAACCUGGCACGCUACCCUGUUAAGCCGCAGCCCUAUGAGGAGCAGAUGAGGAUGCAUGCUGAGGUGGGCCGCAUGAGGCACGAGCGCCGCCAUAGUGAUGUUUCCCUGGCCUACACGGAGCAGGACGACCCAGGACCCAUCCGGCUGUCUCGUCAGCAUCUCACCGAGCGCCGGCCGCCUAUGGUGGGACAGCGCUCCUACUCCGUUGACCGCUCCUCCCCUGGGCCCAUGGGUACCAGCCUUGGAGGCCACAGGUCCUCAAACCACAGCCCCCCGACGCCGCAACGUAGCCCUGUGCUGGGUGACCGAUCUGGUGACCUGCGAAGAGGUGACAUGGAUUCCAUGAGGAGGCAGCAACACCACUUGGACCCCAGUUCAGCUGUCCGCAAGACCAAGAGGGAGAAGAUGGAGAGCAUGUUGAGGAAUGACUCUCUCAGUUCGGAUCAGUCGGAGUCGGUGCGCCCGCCACCCCCCAAGCCCCACAAAACCAAAAAGGGAGGAAAGAUGCGGCAGGUGUCGCUGAGCAGCUCGGAGGAGGAGCUGGCCACCACACCAGAGUACACCAGCUGUGAGGACGUUGAGAUAGAGAGUGAGUCAGUCAGUGAGAAAGGGGACAGUCAAAGGGGAAAAAGAAAAACAAUUGAGCAGACAUUUAUGUCCGAGCCGACACACACCUUAUCUGAGAGGCAAAAGAAAAUGGUGCGCUUUGGGGGACACUCAUUUGAAGAGGACUUGGCAUGGUGUGAACCGCAGGUUAAAGACUCGGGAGUUGAUACGUGCAGUAGCACUACCCUAAACGAGGAGCAUAGCCAUAGUGAGAAGCACCCGGUGACGUGGCAGCCGUCCAAAGAUGGGGAUCGCCUAAUAGGGCGUAUUUUACUCAACAAGCGCAUGAAAGAUGGAAGUGUGCCUCGAGACUCAGGAGCUCUGCUUGGUCUAAAGGUGGUGGGAGGCAAGAUGACAGAAUCUGGUAGACUUUGUGCUUUUAUCACUAAAGUGAGGAAAGGAAGUCUAGCAGACACUGUUGGACACCUCAGACCAGGUGACCAGGUGCUGGAGUGGAAUGGGAAGCUUUUACAAGGAGCCACAUUUAAAGAAGUUUACAAUAUCAUUCUAGAAUCCAAGCCUGAGCCGCAGGUGGAGCUGGUGGUCUCACGGCCUAUAGGAGAUAUUCCAAGGAUACCAGACAGCACACAUGCACAACUGGAAUCAAGUUCGAGUUCUUUUGAGUCUCAAAAGGUGGAUCGCCCGUCCAUCUCCGUCACGUCCCCCAUGAGUCCCAGCAUGCUGAGGGACGCCCCCCAGUACCUGUCAGGACAGCUCUCAAGCCAAAGCCUUAGUAGAAGAACAACGCCUUUUACCCCUAGGGUCCAGGUCAAACUGUGGUAUGACAAAGUGGGCCAUCAGCUUAUUGUCACCAUCCUGGGCGCCAAAGACCUGCCACCCAGGGAAGAUGGCCGCCCCAGGAACCCUUACGUCAAAAUCUACUUCCUCCCUGAUAGAAGCGACAAAAGCAAGAGGAGAACAAAAACGGUAAAGAAAUCCUUAGAGCCCAAAUGGAACCAGACCUUUAUGUAUUCGCCGGUGCACCGGCGGGAGUUUCGGGAACGAAUGCUGGAGAUCACAUUGUGGGACCAAGCCAGGGUGAGGGAGGAGGAGAGCGAAUUCCUGGGAGAGAUCCUUAUUGAGCUGGAGACAGCUCUUCUGGAUGACGAGCCACACUGGUACAAGCUACAAACCCACGACGUUUCCUCCAUGCCGCUUCCACGUGCCUCCCCGAACUCACAGCGCAGGCAGCUCCAUGGAGAAAGUCCGACACGGCGGCUUCAGAACAAAGGCUCAUAUUCAUACAACUCAGGAUCCCAGAGGAUAAGUGACAGUGAGAUCUCAGACUACGAUUGUGAAGAUGGCGUUGGGGUUAUAACAGACUACCGGUCAAAUGGCCGAGACUUCCAGAGCUCCACGUUGUCCGUCCCUGAGCAAGUCAUGUCGUCUAACCACUGCUCUCGGUCGGCUGAUAUUAACCGGGCGCGGUCGCGCUCUCCUAGUGUUCCUCCAUCCUCCAGCAGAAGUCUGGACCCUGCCUUUGACCUUAGGCCCUCUCAGUACAACUCCUCCACUAAAGUGGACCACCACAGUGUGUCCGAAGAUAACUACUCACCAGACAGCCGCAACCAUCGCGUGUACCCAAUCUGCCGAGAGGAAGCAGUCAGGUUACUGCGUUCCACAAGGAUGGCCCGCGCCUAUUCUGAGGGCACCUACUCCUCCGACUAUGACUACGAGAGGAACCACGGAGCCAUGGAUAGACACGAGUAUCACAGCAGGUCCCGCUCUGCAGACCAGCGGCCCACUAUAGAGCGGCCCACAUCCCGCUCGCGCUCCACUGAACGCCCCCACGACUCUUCGCUCAUGAGGUCCAUGCCGUCUCUGCCAUCUGGGAGGUCUGCCCCCCCCUCACCUGCCUUGACGAGGGCUCAUCCUCGUAGUGGAUCAGUCCAGACCAGUCCCAACAGUACCCCCAUGUCCAGUAGAAGAGGACGGCAACUCCCACAGCUUCCACCCACGGGGAAAGACAGAAGUAUGGACAUGGAAGAGAGGACCAGGCAGAUGAAACUAAAGAUGAACAAGUACAAGCAGGGAGCAGGCUCCGACUCCAGAUUGGAGCAGGAUUACCACAAGCGUUCAGGCAGAGAUCCACGGGGCUCAGAUAACCUGUCGGCCAAGUCAUCGGACAGUGAUGUAAGCGACGUGUCCGCUGUGUCGAGAACCAGUAGUGCCUCUCGGUUCAGCAGCACGAGCUACAUGUCUGUCCAAUCAGAAAGGCCGCAAGGAAACCGCAAAAUCCGUGACUUUGCAUCCAAAAUGAAAAACAGGCAGAUGGGCUCGUCGGGCGGGGUGAACAUGACCAAGAGCACAAGCCUUAGCGGUGACAUGUGUAACCUGGAGAAGACUGACGGCAGCCAGUCGGACACAGCGGUUGGCACGGUAGGCACCGACGACAAGAAGAGGCGCUCCAGCAUUGGUGCCAAAAUGCAGGCCAUGGUCGGCAUGUCGCGCAAGAGCCGGAGCACCUCUCAGCUCAGCCAAACAGAAGCGGGAGGUAAGAAGUUACGCAGCACGAUCCAGAGGAGUACAGAGACGGGCCUGGCGGUGGAAAUGAGGAGCAGGAUGACUCGGCAGGCCAGCCGGGAGUCCACAGACGGCAGCAUGAACAGCUACAGCUCCGAGGGAAAUCUCAUCUUCCCUGGUGUGAGGCUCUCCUCAGAAGCCCAGUUCAGUGACUUCCUGGAUGGUCUCGGUCCCGCCCAGCUGGUUGGACGACAGACGUUGGCUACUCCACCCAUGGGUGACAUCCAGAUCGGUAUGGUGGACAAGAAAGGAGCACUGGAGGUGGAGGUCAUCAGAGCCCGUGGCCUUGUGGGAAAACCAGGUUCCAAGUCACUGCCAGCACCAUAUGUAAAGGUCUACCUUUUGGAAAACGGAGUCUGCAUAGCCAAAAAGAAAACAAAAGUAGCAAGAAAAACCUUGGAUCCUCUUUACCAGCAGCAACUGCCGUUUGAGGAGAGUCCAGGAGGGAAGGUUUUACAGGUCAUCGUUUGGGGAGACUAUGGACGUAUGGACCAUAAAUCAUUCAUGGGAGCAGUUCAGAUACUGUUAGACGAGCUGGACCUGUCCAACAUGGUGAUUGGCUGGUUUAAGCUCUUUCCUCCUUCCUCACUGGUGGACCCUACUCUGGCCCCACUGACAAGAAGAGCUUCCCAAUCCUCAUUGGACAGUUUCUCUCGAUCAUAGCAGCGUGCGGACUGAUAGCGUUGUUGUAGCAGCCAGUGUUGCGAUUACAGGUCACGCCCCCUGGUUACACUGCAUGCUUGAUGUUGUGUCUUCUGAGCCUGUUUCUAGGGGUGCAAAACGUGAUCCUGUGUUUUGAGCAAAAACGUUGCGCACAUUGUGCACGUGGCGAAGCGCAUCGCAAGCGCCUGGUGGCCGGGAUUGCCGGGUUUUGUUGUUGUUGUUUGGAGGAAGCUGGAAUGAACUCCUUAGCACGAGGAAUCCGUCAGUUCCAGGUUUUCAUCCAAUUCGAAGCCAUGGGGGUCAGCGCUGGGAACCGCUAAACGAGUUCUACAGAAGCCCUUUUCGAAUGAAAAUAAAUGUUUUGCUUUCUUUUUUUUUCUUUUUUUCUUUUUUUUUAUGUCAAUGUACUUGUAUAUGAAGGGGAUGACAGUGUUUCUAACCAGAUGCUGGGUCACGCCAUGCCAACUGACCUAGCUGUGUAGAUGGAGUUUUGGAGACCAUCACUUUGGGUGAGGUGUGUCCCAGCUUUUAUCCACACUCCCCCAAACCCAAAAGAAAUUCCCCGCUUACUCUAGGUUUAUGUACUGAAUCAAACCGUACUGGUAAAUCACCAGAAACACUUCAAAGUUAAUCAGAGGCAAUUUUGAAGUGGCUACCAUCACACUCCAGAAUAUACAGAAACGAUCCAAACCCCAUGAAAAGAUGUACAAUCUACCAUCAUUCUUUCUCUGUUGAUAUAUUGUAUGAAAAUUAAAUGAGAAAAAAAUAUUUAUUUUCCCUUUUUAGUUCAUUUGCAUGGACACAAAUUUAGCUGAAUUAAAAAAAAAAAAAAGAAAAGAAAAUUAUUUUCUUGAGGCUGCAACUUGCAAAAAAGAUGAAGAAAAAUAAAACAGAUCAGCCAUUUUCAACAAUUUAUAUUAUUUUUAAAGAUAAAUUUCACUAGUGCAUGGUUUUCAAGGGGAGUGAAUGCAACAUCGUGAUAAAAAAAAAGACAUUGUUUAUCAUUCUUUAGACCAUUCAUGAGUCUGUGUUUCGCAGACAUGCAGAUAAGGGAAACUUAAAGGAAACCUUUGGAGCUAUUUAACAGAAAAUGUUUAUGUGACAAAAGUGAUAAUGAAAAUAAAUGUAAAUUAUUUAUUUCAUUGUAAAAGGCUAAUGCCUUAUAAAGAUAAACAUUAUGUGCAAAUUGUACAUGUUUCUCUUUUUCUUCCUUGUCCCAGGGUACUUCUCAUUGUACUAUUCAUUGCUACCAUUGUUCAGUCCCCUGAUAUUGUCCAGAUUUUAGGACUGUUGGUUAUUUUACAGUUCUGUAUUGUUUCAGUAUGUAUUUUAUUUUGGAUUUGAUUUGUUUAACAAGCAUGUUGAAAAGGAUUUUCUGCAACAUGGCUUGGGCACACCUUACAGUAACUCAGCAUGUUUUGAUAAAGAUGAUAUUUGGACUUUUUGCAGUUUCUUGUACAGUGCAUGUCAACUUCAUUACUUUUCUCCCUCACCUUAAAUUGAACUCUACAGCAAAUUAGUUCUUGGUCUUCUGCGGCCAAUUAUUGAAGUUUUAACAAAAACAUUCCACCCCCAAGGUCAUAUUUUCUUUCAGGUUUUUGAGAAAAAAUAAGUGACAAGGAAAAUAUUUUAUAUUUAAUGGAGGUUGACGAAACAGUUGUGAUUGCAAGUGUAUUUUAUUUCAGUAUUGUUGACGAACAUGCAAAAAUAAUCUGUAUUGGUACAGCAAGAGGUCUAUACCUAAUCAAGAGGCAGCAAACAUGCGAGAGAUGUAUGUCGCUGUGGUUCAAUUCUACAGGCACUGUUUGUGAAGAUGAGCUAAUCACAAGUUCAAAUAACAAGGGAUAUUGCCACAGAAAAUGUUUCUUUCUUGUUUUAUUGAAAAUGAAAUUAAUUUACUAUAUUUUUGUUAGUUUUAUUUAAAAGCCAAGACCAGUUUAUUUUUUAUUUUCUAUUUUUAGUAAUUAUAAAUACUUCUCAUGUCUGGGAAGUAUAUGAAUCUUAUAGUUGCAGUAUGUCUGAAUGAAAUUGAACUGAGGCAUUAUUCCUUUUCCAUAUGCGUUUUACUGUCCAAGAAAACCUUGUCGCUGUAACAAGCUACAGUAUAUAUUUUCAUUUUCAUUUUCAUUGUACAUACCUUUAGAUGUCAGAAUUUGAAUAAACAAGCUACCAUGAAUAGAUUGAUAGACUCUUUUGGAACAGGAAAAAUGCCUCACAUGAUGACAAAGACAUAUGUUAUUUAUCCUUUUGAAUGCCUUUUCAUUUUCUCUUUUUGGUGCAAUGUGUUAAUGCCAAGGCUAUGUCUUGGUUAAGUAUGGUUGAGUACAGAGAUUUAUGUAAGUUAUUUUUCAAAUUAAAAAUAAAAAAAAUUGAUAUUACACUGAU